UCCUGCACAGUUUGCAGCAGUUCGCUCACUGAAAGUGAGCUGUGGCGAUGCAUGGAUUGUGGAAGUGAGGCCUACUUCUGCGCCACUUGUGUCCAGAAAGUUCACCAGACCACUGCUGUGGUGCAUGUUCUAGAAAGAUGGGAGGCAGGUGAAUUUCAACAGAGCAUUCCUGACGGCUUCUGUUGGAAUUGGUCACGGAAGGAUCAUGAUUGUGAAAUGUCAUAUCAUCGUGUACUGAAAGUAUUCGACUGUCAAGGAAGGUGCCAUGAUGUUUCCAUCCAGUUCUGUUCAUGUGAAACAGAGGUUGCAACACUGCUUCGUUACAGCCUUUGGCCCGCCACUGUAAAGAGGCCCCAAAGCGCUGUUUCAACUAAGCUGAUGGACAUGAUCUGCAGGUUGCAGUUAGAGUGUGGUGUGUCGCUGAAGGCCAUAUGCACAGCCAUUCAGCAGUCAUCUUUGUCUUCCGAGUGCCAGGACCUUUACCGCCAUCUGGUAAAAGAAUCCUACGAAGAAUAUCGGCAUCUGCGAUACCAGAUGACUACACUGCGCCAUCUUGGGGCUGAUGUCACUGAUGGCGCACAGUGUCCCAUUUGUCCACAAGAAGAUGGAGUUCUGGUUCUGGCUGCAGAUGGGCUGUUUGGCCUACCAAGAAAGAAGUCUUCUGGGAGAAGUUUUGAGGGACCGAAGCACAAUAAUCGCUUUUUCUCGCCACAAGAUGAUGUUGAUGCCUUUGUAAAAGAACAGCAACAUACACCUGAGGAGGGUUGUGCCAACUUUCAAGCUGGCAGUGCGCUCAGGUCAAAAUUAAAAAAUGCCAAAUUGGAUGAAACCGGAGUGUUUGGCAUGGCCUGUAAGCACGAACAUCCACGGAGAUUUCUUAGUCUUAAGAGAGGCGAGAGCCUUUCGAAUGCAGUCUACCUGAUGAAGGAGCUGCAAGAAGAUCUGGGGGGAAAUAAAAAACUUGUCUUCAUGUAUGACAUAGGAUGCAAGUUGAAGCCUCAUUUGGAGAAGUUUUUCCCGAAUCUUCUGGACAACACCACAAUCGCUGUCCCUGCAUUCCAUGCUUAUGGACAUGGUGUUGCUUGUCAGAUUUCCCACGCAUGUAGGAAUGUUGAGGGUGCCGGUCUUUGUGAUGGGGAGCAAUUGGAGAGGUUAUGGUCAUUCCUACGUCGCUUCGGAAAAGUGACAAAGGAAAUGACCCCAUCCCACCGAAUUGACCUGCUGACCGAUGCACUGCUACACUACAGUGAAAAAAUAAGAAAAAACCAAGCCAAAGCCCUGUGUUCCAAAGCUGAGAAAACCAAUUCAGUUGAAGAGGAAGCAAAGACAGAAAUUGCUGAAAUCAUGAAACAAACAGGCCUCACCGAGCUGGAUGUACAGCGUUGGGCAGAACAUUAUAAGUCGGAGGCAAAGAAAACGAUUGAUUGGACGUGGGAGGAGGACUAUGUUCAGAAACUACUGGAACACCAGCAUCUGGAAGUCUUGAACCGCAUGGCCACCUCUGAUCCUGAGCUCAGAGCACGUUUGGAAAAGUCAGAGAGGCAGCUUCAGACAAUUGAGAGGAAACGUCAUGUUGGGGGAAGAUGGACUUUAAACACUGAAGCAUCUAGACACCUCCUAAGUGCCAUAGAUGACAAGAAACGGCAGCACGCACUGCAGGCAAUGUACAGGCUGGUCUUGGAGCGCAGGUUCCUAUGCGGCCUGGUGAGAAAAUAUGCUGAUGGACAGAAGAUAGCCAUCAGAUUGUCUAAAAAGAUCAAUGUGGUUGGCCAGAAGAUCAAGAACAAGGUCAAAGAGUACAACUCCACAGGAACAUCUAGCGCCUUGGUGUACCAUGAAGUCAUCCAGAUUGACAACCCCAUCUGGUCAACCAUGGUCCACUCCGAAAAAGAUGCGGACAUAUCCGUCAAACAGAGACUUUUUGUUUUGUUGAACACCGCCGAAAGGGCAUCAGAAGAGAGAGAGUACUUGUCGGAGGAAUGCAUGGCAGGCAAGCUGUUCUAUGAGAAGCAGCUUGUAGAGGUUGAGAAAUGCCUCUUACCAGACAGUUUGCCGUCGGUGUCCUCUAGAGAGGACAAAGGAGCCCGUGCUGCAUUGCUUGCCAAGAAAAGAGAGUUUUUGUUCCUUCACUCAAAAUAUGUCAAUCUUGUCAAUCUUCUCAGAAGUACAGAUGUCAUUGAUGAGGUGAACAGCGCUGACUCUGACAUUAGUACGGACGAAGAGGAGGAUUAUGAUGAAGAGGAGGACCAAGCAGUGCAUCAUUCCUUGCCUGAGUGAAAGACUGCUCAUAAUUUCUCUCUCUCUCUCUCUCUCUCUCUCUCUCUCUCUCUCUCUCUCUCUCUCUCUCUCUCUCUCUCUCUCUCUCUCUCUCAAACUCAAUUGUUCAGUUAUUCCUGACACUUCAGUCCAAUAGUGUCUGCAGACGGCGUGGAGAGGCUAAGGGCCAAUCCCAAUUCUCCUUCACUCGCCCUUCUUUUCUCCACUCGCACUUCUUUUCUUCCCUAACCCCUAAAAAAGAAGGGGGAGAUUUUAGGGCACUUGAGAUCUAGGGCACUUGGCCCAGGUGCCUGUCCCAUUUCUCCUACUCCCCCUCGUUUUCAUCCCUAACCUGAUCAGGAAGCAGAGAGCCAAAAGCUGUUUUAAUUUCAGCUGUAGCGCUGUUAAUAUGGCACUUUAUUAAGUUCUAAUAUUUUUUCAGGCAUAAAGGUAACCUUAAGAUCCGCAACCUGGGCUCAGUUUAUCCAAAUAACGCCUGUUAAGAAAUUUGACCUGAUGUUUUCGGAGAUGAGAAGAGCCGCCGCCCCCGGGGAGCAGCCUCAGCUCACAGCCCGAGAAGAGACGUGUCCGCCGGGUCAAGCUGCUGCGUCAGCCCCGGGAGAGAAACUCUCUCUGGGACGCUGCUCUGUUGAGAAUUACGCUGGCUGAAAUAAAUCAUUUAGGAAGAUGUUGGUUUAAUAGAUGAAAUCUAACAGUUGUAGCUACGCCUGUUAAGAAAUUUGCUUCGAAAUUUAGAGAUUUCUGUCUGCCGGCUCCGGAGUUUGGGUCCGUGUUUAAUCGACGCAGAGCCUACGGCGUAGGGUACGGCGUACGGCGCGCGUCGCCGCGUACAUCGACGCAGACCUUACGGCGUAGGUUACGUAACCUCUGCCGUAGGCUCUGCGUUGGUGUAACGCGGAACCAUACAUCCCUUUAUUCUGGCGUGAUCUUCUACAACUUUAUCUGAAAGUGUUUAAAUUACACAGAUAACAGCUGGAUUACUUUGUGGUUUCUGAAGACUAUUAUAUCAGAAACAUCCAAAACAAAUCUGACGAGUCACAGGAUUAUUUCUCUCUAUUUCUCUGAGACGAGUCUGCCUGUUUGCCUUCGGUCGGCGAGUCAAAUCGACGCAGAGCCUACGGCAAAAGCAUUCUGGGAAAUUCUCAUACCCCCUCGCUCGCCAAGUCAGCAUCUGAAAUCCCUCGAUUUGAAGGGGCUAUUCUCAGCCCCUCACCCUCGUUAUACCCCCUCCCCCUAGGUGAAAAGAGGAAUUGGGACACCACUACUUUCACGGGAACGCGCAAAAGUUAGGGUUAGUGAAGAAAACUAGGGCGAGGGGGAGUAUUGUGACGCAGCCUAAGUGUUUCUUUUCACGUAAAAAGAAAGAGCAGUCCUGUUACGGAUGCAGGGAUAGGGGAUAUGUUAUUUGUUUGUAUGUGUGCGCGCCUGUCUGUCUGUUUGUUCCUCCUCCCUCUGCAGUCCCGUUACUCCAGCCUGACGCUCCCCACCAAUGAACGUACCAAUGGAGCGCUCCCCACCAAUCGCUGUCAGGCUGGUGUAUCAAGUGUAUCAAGUGUAUGUAUCAAGGUGAGAGAGAGGGGCACAGUGUAGAGAAGAAGCUGUUAGUAUAUGGAGUUAACUCAUUUUCUCGUGAAGUGUUUUGUUAUGGCAAAUGCGAGAGUCCAUAACAUUUAAUGUUUGU